CGCAGCCAUAGCACAAACACCUCUCUAAGAAAAACAUCAAAUUGCGUUUGCGUUGAGAGAGUGGUCCCAGUACCUUUCGCUUGUCAUUCCCUCUUCAAAUCCUCUUUAGUCUCUGAAAACUUUCGACCUCGUCUCUUCAAUGGCUGCCAUUUCCGCAAGCUCUUCCCCAUCCCUUCUCUCCUUGAGAUCCUCAUCUUCCCCCGCUCUCACACCCUCGACGCGGCGGGUAUCAUUCCCUUCGAAGAUUUCUCAUUUCUCCGGAAAUUCAAACCGAGACAACGAAACGGGAAAGAGAGUGGAGAGAAUCGUUAGAAGCGUCAACGAGAGGGUCUCCGAUGCUCCACCAACGUCGAAGGUGAGGAAGCACACGAUCUCAGUGUUCGUUGGAGACGAAAGCGGGAUGAUAAACAGGAUCGCAGGAGUCUUUGCGAGGAGAGGUUACAACAUCGAGAGUCUUGCUGUUGGUCUCAACAGAGACAAGGCUUUAUUCACCAUUGUUGUCUCUGGAACCGAAAGGGUGCUUCAGCAGGUCAUCGAGCAGCUUCAGAAGCUCGUUAAUGUUCUCAAGGUUGAAGAUAUCUCGAGUGAACCGCAAGUGGAGCGUGAACUGAUGCUUGUCAAAGUGAAUGCACAUCCGGAAUACAGGGCUGAGAUCAUGUGGCUUGUUGACACAUUCAGAGCAAAAGUUGUAGAUAUUGCGGAACACGCAUUGACUAUUGAGGUAACUGGAGAUCCUGGGAAAAUGAUUGCUGUCGAAAGAAAUUUGAAAAAGUUUGAGAUCAGAGAGAUUGUCAGGACAGGAAAGAUAGCACUGAGAAGGGAAAAGAUGGGUGCUACUGCUCCAUUUUGGCGAUUCUCAGCAGCAUCCUAUCCAGAUCUCAAGGAGCAAGCACCUGUUAAUGUUCUUCGAGGUAGCAAAACAGGAGCUAUAGUCCCUCCAAGUGAAACAACAGCAGGGGGAGAUGUUUAUCCCGUUGAGUCAACUUCUGACCUAAAGGUACAACGUGUUCUUGACGCUCACUGGGGACUUCUCACGGACGAAGAUCAUAAUGGUAGAGGCUUCAGAAUCUGUUUGCAUUAUAAGAGUUGGACUUAUUUGAACAAUCAGACGAGUGGACUACGGUCACAUACUCUAUCUUUGCUUGUAAACGAUGUUCCAGGAGUCCUUAAUCUUGUAACUGGUGUUUUCGCUCGAAGGGGAUACAAUAUUCAGAGUUUGGCGGUAGGACAUGCUGAAGCACAGGGCAUUUCACGCAUUACAACAGUUGUUCCUGCAACAGAUGAAUCAGUCAGCAAAUUAGUGCAGCAACUUUAUAAACUCGUUGAUGUGCAUGAGGUCCAUGAUCUUACUCACUUGCCAUUUUCUGAAAGAGAACUGAUGCUGAUUAAGAUUGCUGUGAACGCUGCUGCAAGAAGAGAUGUUCUGGACAUUGCUAGUAUUUUCAGGGCAAAAGCUGUUGACGUAUCCGAUCAUACAAUUACUUUGCAGCUUACUGGGGAUCUUGACAAGAUGGUUGCACUGCAGAGGUUGUUGGAACCUUACGGUAUAUGCGAGGUUGCAAGAACAGGGCGUGUGGCAUUGGCUCGUGAAUCAGGAGUGGACUCUAAGUAUCUUCGUGGAUACUCCUUCCCUUUAAGUGGUUAAUAACUCAAUCGCUACACACUUUUAUGAGCCACAACACAAAGACCAAGCCAGCGAGACUGUGUAGAUAUGUUUUGGGACUGUGAAUUUCAUUUCAGUUUCUUUAUUUUGAGAAUAAAAAUGUUGUUAGGAUUAUUAAUCUUCGCUGUCUUAUUUUUCUCCCGGUAGUUGUCAACUGGGAUGAAUAAAUCACACUUUUGAUUUCAUAGAAGUUUCUGUGGACCGACUUUGCAAAUGUUUUAGAGAGUAAAA